CGACAGACACAGUGCACGCACUGGUGUGUUUUCUGUCUAGAAAACUGGAAUAUUGAAAACAUCAUAAAUCUCUACAAUUCCCUAAUAUAUUUGAAAUUCUAACCUGUAUUUGCACAAAGCUUUAGUUACGAAAGGAGUGAAAAUGUUUUUAUGUUUAUUUAAAAAACUGCACGGUUAACUAUUUGGUAAUACCAAGAAGAUGCUCAAUUUUCUUUUUGCAGUUAUUGUGUUUAUCAAGAAGUGCACUGGUUUAAUAUUAAUUUGUAGUUAUGGUACCGGUCAAGUUAUAAUUAGCGGAAUUUUGGUUCUUAUAAAGACCAUACAAAGAGCAGUUGAGGCAAUAUUAGUUGUUUGUGAUAUAUUGAUUGAAGAUUUUUGGAUAUUUGCAAACGAUUUAAACUCUUUCUUUGAAACUUGUAAAACGAUUGGUGGUAGUCUCUCACAUUUCAUCACAGCCAGCAUUACUGCUAUUGUAAUGGGUAUUAAGUAUUCAGUGGGUGGUGUUAUUUUAUUACCAAGUAGCUUAUAUGGAUUUAUCUUGAUUAUAUUUAAUAACGUAUUUGUUUUGUUAAGAGUUAUUAUUCAAUCUUUUAAGCAGAUUGCUAUUUUAAUUGGAUUUGGAAUAUGGUUUGUUAUAACAUUACUUCCUUUUGUUGUUGUAUCAUUAGUAACUAUGUUUAUGUAUUACAUUGGCUAUGCUUUUCAAAAAACUUGUGAAGAAAUCCAGACUUUCUUUAAAUUUUUGCAAAUGAGCUUGAGUUAUUUUAAUUUGUUUCUUGAUUUCCCUCCGGAAGCCAUAGCUGGUUUAAUAAUUGGUAUGUGUUUGAUAUUUGUUGUUUUAAGGUUUCGUAUGUUCUGCUAUCGUUUGUGUUUAUCUCGAAUUAGACUCAGAUUUCAUAAUCAAAUAAGAAUGGUGACAGUGGAUGUGCCUAGUGUUAACAAUGACCUACAAACUGAAGCACCACAAUUUUCCUCUUUGGAAUUACGCAGUUUGAAGUGUAGUGUAUGCUUAGAUCAUCCUAGGAAUAUAGUUUUACUUCCAUGUCGGCAUGUGUGUCUAUGUAGUAACUGCGACAGUCAAAUUAGCCAAUCACGAGUAAGAGUCUGUCCCAUUUGUCGUACAAAAGUUGGAAGUUCAAUGAAAGUUUUUAUAUAAAACAUUAAUAUAACAGCAAGUUGCCGUUUGAAUGAAUAAUUAAUGUCAUUCCUUAAGUUAAUAUCAUGUGUUCAUAAAUUGUUGUUUCUAAUAUACAUACGUAUAGGUACAUAAGAAUUUCACUUUUAAAUCAGAAUUUUUUUAUUAUCACUAGAACAAUGUUCUACUCUACACUUUUGUUAAAUAUAAUUUGCAUUUCUAUA